AUGAAUUGCAAAUAUGCGAUCCUGAAGUUGAAGGGAGGAGCUUCGAUAUGGUUCCAAGACUUAAAAAGAAGGAGAGCGUGUGAAGGAAUGAUGAAAAUCUCAUCAUUGGAAUCUCUAAUAUACAAAAUCAAAAUAAGGUAUGUUCCUGCACAUCACCGAAUCACAAAUUAUCUAAAAUUUUCUAAAUCCUGGCUAAGCAAAUUGGAUGUGAUCGAUUUAGAUGAAUCGUUGGGAGAGACCGUUGUGAUUGAAGUACAUACCAUUGUGAAAGAAUCUUCUAUUGUGACUGUUGAAGAAUAUGAUGUGAUUAAGAAUGCUCGUGAAGAUGAAGAAGUAUUGGAGAACACCUUCAUCUACAAGACUGCACUUUGGUAUGAACUAGAAAACAACAUUGACAAGAUGUCACUCCCUAAAGCUGAAAAUGAAAUUAAAGAAACAGGUGUUGAUGAUUUUGAUCCUAUAUAUGACAUCGAGGAUGAGGAAGAAAUGUUUGAUGAAGAAAUUGGUAAAGUGAUUAUGAAAGCAGUCAAUGUUGCUGAUGUGGACGAAAGUGUUAAAUACUUUAUCCUUAUCUACGAUACUGAUUGGGAAGAAGAAUUUUGUUGA